CCUCGAUAAGUACUGCGCAAUACAGAAUCGUUCAAAUCCGCUUGAGUGAUCUUUGUGCUCUUCCAUUUCUACUAUCCAGAUCAGCGCAGACUCGCGUCGGUAGUCGAAACAUGGCAGCGCAUCAGGCUCAAGGCUUACCACCCCACGGAGUACCCGGUUACGUGCUCGGCACAGGCAAUGCUUCGGAGCAAGAUCUUGUCGCUGUCGAAAAUGUUCUGUCGGAGGAUUCCUCGUCGCAGCUUCCUCGCUCUCUUACAUACAAAGAGUUGCGCACAACCACAAGCCAGCUGGCUGCCGGCUUGCGCAAAAUAGGGUUGCGCGUUGGCGACCGCGUCCUCCUGGCAGGCCCAAAUUGUUUAUAUUAUUCCAGCAUCAUAUUGGCAACAAUGGGAGCAGGUGGGUGCUUCGUCAGCGCGCCGUCCGAUUUCGAAACAAACGAGUUCCAGCACUGUAUCGCGACAGCAUUACCGAAAGUCAUCAUAGCACACCCUAGCGUAUUAGCAAAGCUCCCGGCCACAUUGGGAGACCACGAGCUGCUGUUCGUGCUGGACGAUUCAGAUGAGGGCGCGAAGUGGCCUCGAAACGAUGCGCUUGGGACAUGGAGGCACUGGACCCGGCUACUUGAUUGCGAUAUCGACACGAUCGCGACAUGGCUAGAAUACUCGCCUGUUCAGGCGGCAGAGACUACAGCGCUUAUCUGCAUGACUUCGGGCUCGACAGGUCAGCGCAAGGCUGCGCAGCACUCCCACGCCUCGCUCGUUUCCCUGAUCCAAAUUCAAAUGAGAGCGUUGACGACAACGCGGCCUUCCUCUAGACAACUCACAACCGUGGGUACUUUGGCAGCAGGGCAUAUUGGAUUGACCGUCGAGUAUUUGAUGGCACUCAAGGCUCGCCAGCGGUUUCUAGUCACUCAAGCUAGAGAUCCCGCUACGAUCGCGGCGAUAAUUCAUCGUUAUCAAGUUGAUCUCAGUUUCCUACGCCCGUUACUUCUUGACUACAUCAAUCCUGAUGUCUCUCAUGUUAAUCUGCAGAGCCUCUGUAUUGCAUAUACUGGCGGCAUCAGCGUGCCAACAGCGACCAUGGCAGCUGCACUAGGAAGGUUGUCUGACCAGGCGCUAGUGGUUUCAUUCUUCGGAGGGACAGAGACCGGACUUGUGGCGGUCAAAGAUGAACGCCAAGGUUUGCCGCAAAAUGGUGAGGGCCUAUAUCUAGGCCGCCUCAUAUCGAAUGUGAAGGCACGUCUUGAGAGCCUCGUACCAAGCACACCGUGGAAACCCGGCCAGCCGGGAAUUCUGCACAUCCAUAGCCCUGCCAAUUUCAUAGGAUACUGGCAGAACGCCGAAGCGACAGCCGACACUAUUGGGCCUGACGGCUACGUCGACACUGGAGACAUUGUGACUAUGACCGAAGGAGGCCACCUGUGGUUUGUGGGAAGGAACAAGGACGUGAUCAAGAAAGGUGGAUCCCAAGUGAUUCCCGCUGAUAUCGAGGCUGUCAUCAUGCAAGAAUUUCCCACACAAGUGCAAGAAGUCUGUGUUGUCGGAAAACCCCAUCCCGUAUUUGGAGAGGUGCCUAUUGCAUUUAUCCUUCUGUCAUCUCCGAACAAGGGUUUCGCUAUCAAUAGGGUGCAUGAAGUGGUGGCCCGUAAACUCGGUCCACUGAACGAAUUGGUCGGUGGUGUGCGGAUAGUCACUUCAUUGCCAAGAUUGGACCAGGUAGGUAAACUGGACAAGAUGAAACUGAAAGAGAUGGCGAAGCUUCCUGCUUGAAUGUUUAGUUGUAGCAAUAUUGUCAGAAAAGCCCAAUCUUAAAGGAACUCCAUAACAAGUGGAGUCAUACUUCACACUGGGCAUGCGUUUCAAGAUGGCGAUUCGGGCGACAGAAUCAUGUUGCUAAAAAUAGUGCGGUCACUGUCACCGUCACUGAUGCGCUUCUCUGCCAUCUUGCCGACUCUGAAGCAAACGGGGCGCAUAUCCGCAAACUCGCUGCGACCGGAAGAACCGACAGGACCAAACUCCCUUCUCUCUUAGUCCACGGGAUGACAUAUGAUACUCUCUUCCCUGUUAACAAUUCGAUACACCGCCGCCUACACAACGAUACACAACCUUUCCAAUAGCAAAGGAUGCUUCGACCUCACGAUUAUCCUUGCAAAACCAGAAAUGUUUGGUAAGACCUGCAUACA